AUGGGGAAGGCUAAGAAGAGGUUGAGAGCUUCUAAAAGGAGUACAAAUCCUUUGCCGAGGAAUACGGCCAAAGAUGAGCAAGCAAAGCUGAAGAAGAUUCUUCCAUUGUUAGAGAAGCUGCAUAGUGAUAUUGCAAAUGAUCGUUCUAUGGCACUAGGUUCUAUCAGUGUGCUAUGUGAGGAUGCUUAUAUUAGGGAUUUGUUGUUGAGACAGAAGCUGGUGCAGUUGGUGAUGACAAAGUUACUAUCUGACGAGAAUACGGAAAUUAUGGUGGAUGCAUACGGUUUAUUAAGGAACCUGUGCUUGGACGUUGGUUACGAUGUUUCUAUGCACGUCUGGAGGUCUGAUAUUUGGACCCACAUUAAUUCUGGUUUUGGAAAAUUGCUGGAAUCAUUACCAAGUCUGGCUGGGGAGAGCAAGGCGACUGCUGAGUCGAAGAGGCUGCUGUUUGAUUUUGGCGACAAUCUUAUUUCAUUAGUGGUUGCAUUAGCCGACAGUUCUGAGGAUAUAUUUUCGGCGCUGAUGGCUAAUGAUAAGUUGGAUCUUUUGUUGCAUGUUGUGUGUGAAAUCUUGAAGUAUGGUUUACCUGCAGUACAAGGUAAGUCAGAUGUAACUUUGAGGAUAACAACGCAGUUGUUUAAUAGCAUUCUAGAUUUCAUAUACACGUUUUCUUCUGAAUCUGGAGAUUUCAUUGAACUUAUCGGAAAUCACAGUUACCUAUCUGAGUUCCUAAUCAUAUUGCCUUCAUUGACUAUUAAAAAUGGGAACGAAUUAACGAUGGUACUCACCCAAGGUAUACUGCUACAGAUUAUGGAAGUAAAAAUGAAGUAUGAAGAGAUAGAGUCUUUAAUCCGGACUACUUGUAGUGCUAUUGAGCAUAUUGAUUUGCAGAGUGUGAAAGCGGACUUGCAACCGCUGGAGGAAAACAGUGACUUGACAACCGGUGAAAAUGUUGCAGAUGUUUCUCAGAAGAUUAAGAAUUAUACAAGUAAGCGCAGUGCAGCAACCAUGAAGCUGCAGACUUUGGAAUUGUCAUUGGAUAUCAUUACUGCCAGCACUGAACUUAUCGCUGCUAAGCACGAAGAAGGCCAUCAUACUGUCCCAGAGAGCCUAAUGAAUGUGCUAACUGAAGGACUACCUAUAGUAUACCAAGCUCUUGAGCGAGAAUUUAGUUCACGACUUUUGGUCUCCUGGAACAAUCUGUUAUGGUUAUUCUUAACGUUAAACGUAAACUUGUUUGAGCUAAGAAAUGAGCCAUGGAAGCGGGUUUGGGAAUUUAUCAAUAAUGUCGAUAACAAAGAACCAGGAAACAGGAUAGGAAAAUUGCGCUGUUUGUGUGCGCUGCUAAAAUCAAUUCAACUCCAAGAAUCUCCCUCGCAAUACUUGGAGGCGUUACAGUGUAAUGAUGUUAAUUUCUGUAAUUUGGUGUUUCAAGAGUUUAGCUCUGAUGAAAGUUUAGAUAAGGACGAGAUUUUCGAACUAAAACAGAGCUGUUGUAACGUUCUCGGCGUCAUCGGCGCUUUCCAAAAUCAGGUAGACGUCAACAAGAUGGUGGGCGAUUUCUUUAUCCAAUUGCUAUCGAAUAAUACCACUCCGCCAAGAUUACUUGUGGAUGUGCUGAAUCACUUUAUAGACAUAUAUUCAGACGCCGCUUUUGACUAUGAUGAACCAGUUUUCGUGCAGGCAGGAUACCUUACGGCAUUGAAGGACCAGGUGGUUCCUAACCUGCGCACAAGCUUCAAAUUUGUGGACAAGAAUAAGGAUCCGGUACUAAAAGCAGAUUGCCAGGAUGCUUUUAAUAUGUUGGACAGUUUUAUCCAUUACAAGGAGAAAGAACGCUUAUAA